UAUGGCAGUAGUUAAAACAAUUGAAAUAAAAAUAGGUGAAUGUAGUGAAUUCUAAAAGAUUCGCAAAAAUAAAGGGAAAGCUACUAAUUUGAAGCAUAUUUCUAUUCAAGUAACGGCGGUUAUUUUAUGCAUUUGUGUAUGUGUCGGUAGAUGAUGAAUUAAAAGCAAAAUCUGGGUUUACAGCACUCAUUUGAUAAGAUUCUCGCACCGUUUGUACAAUUAAUUAGAAGCAUGUAGGAAAUUACUGAAUACUCUCAAAUUUUCUUGUAUUUUUGCAUCGGUUAUUUAUAAGUACGCAUGCGUCAACAAAAAUAUUUUGUUUGAAGUUUCGAGAGCAGUGUGUAUCCUGCUUAUAAAUCCUAACCCCAAACUAAUUCAUCCCAUUCGCUGUAAUUGCGUCGUGCAGUGUGGUGCAAUAUUUGAAAUAACUGCAAACCGAGACAAUGGGCCCACCUAGACGGUCCGGUAGUUCAAAAGAAAGCAAAUCAUCUAAAAAACGUCGUAAGGAAGAAGAGGAAGCCGCCGCACUGCGAGAAUUCGACGACGAUGACACCAACGAUGGCCCCGACGGCGGUGCAGCCGUCCCCGGCGCAGCGGCACGUAAUGCCGAAACCAGUGAUCAAACAUCCAAAGAAGAUGAAUUCGGCGCUAAAGACUACCGCAGUGAAAUGACCCUCAAACCCGACCACAGUUCACGUCCACUGUGGGUUGCUCCUAAUGGCCACAUCUUUCUUGAAUCAUUCUCACCAGUAUAUAAACACGCGCACGAUUUUCUAAUUGCUAUUUCCGAACCUGUAUGCCGCCCGGAGUUUGUCCAUGAAUACAAACUUACAGCAUAUUCACUCUAUGCUGCUGUGUCAGUUGGUCUACAAACACAUGAUAUCAUUGAAUAUCUUAAGAGAUUGAGUAAAACCACUGUCCCAGAUGGAAUCAUACAAUUUAUUGAACUUUGUACACUUUCAUAUGGUAAAGUCAAGCUGGUCUUAAAACACAACAAGUAUUUUGUUGAGAGUCCACAUCCAGAAAUCUUGCAGAAGUUGUUAAAAGAUCCUGUGAUACAAGAGUGCAGAUUGAGAAGAAGUGCUGAUGAUGUGGAUGAAUUACAAACCAACAUAAAUGAAAAAGUCACAGCUCCCAGUUUUGGUAGCAGUGCUAAACCUAAUACAAAUGAAGAAGGUUCCAGUACAGUCCCAGAUGACAUUACUAACUUUUAUGAUAAACUUGACAAUGAGGAAGAUGAUGAAGAAGUAUCACUGAACACUGUCUCCUUUGAAGUGAACCAGGAGAAGAUUGAAGUAAUACAAAAGCGUUGCAUUGAAUUAGAACAUCCGUUACUAGCAGAGUACGAUUUUCGUAAUGAUACAGUCAAUCCAGAUAUAAACUACGACCUUAAACCCUCAGCAGUAUUAAGACCUUAUCAAGAGAAAAGUCUACGAAAAAUGUUUGGCAAUGGUCGUGCACGAUCAGGAGUUAUUGUAUUACCAUGUGGUGCUGGUAAAUCAUUGGUUGGUGUAACAGCUUGCUGUACAGUGCGGAAACGCGCAUUAGUUUUGUGUAAUUCCGGCGUUUCUGUUGAACAAUGGAAGCAACAGUUUAAAAUGUGGAGCACGGCAGAUGACAGCAUGAUCUGCCGUUUUACUUCGGAAGCAAAAGAUAAACCAAUGGGCUGUGGAAUAUUAAUUACAACAUAUUCUAUGAUCACGCACACUCAACGUCGGUCGUGGGAAGCUGAGCAGACUAUGAAAUGGCUGCAGGAACAAGAAUGGGGAAUUAUGGUUCUUGAUGAAGUACACACAAUUCCAGCGAAAAUGUUUCGUAGAGUUUUGACUAUUGUACAAUCACACUCAAAACUUGGUCUGACUGCUACUUUACUUCGUGAAGAUGAUAAAAUCGCCGAUUUGAAUUUCCUCAUUGGACCUAAGCUGUAUGAAGCUAAUUGGUUGGAGUUACAGAAAAGAGGAUUCAUUGCACGUGUGCAAUGUGCCGAAGUUUGGUGUCCUAUGACUCCGGAAUUCUACAGAGAGUAUCUUAUAUGUCGCACGAGUAAACGUGUACUGCUCUAUGUAAUGAAUCCGCAUAAAUUUAGAGCUACACAGUAUCUCAUUAAAUAUCACGAACGGCGUGGUGAUAAAACAAUUGUAUUUUCUGAUAAUGUGUUUGCGUUGAAACAUUAUGCGAUUAAAAUGAAUAAGCCUUAUAUUUAUGGACCAACUUCGCAGGGCGAACGUAUUCAAAUCUUGCAAAAUUUCAAAUUCAACCAGAAAGUCAACACGAUUUUUGUGAGUAAAGUCGCUGAUACGUCGUUUGAUCUGCCGGAAGCCAAUGUGUUGAUUCAGAUAUCUUCACAUGGUGGAUCAAGAAGACAGGAGGCACAGAGAUUGGGUAGGAUUUUGAGAGCUAAGAAAGGAGCGAUUGCUGAAGAGUAUAAUGCAUUCUUUUAUACGUUGGUGUCGCAAGAUACAAUGGAGAUGAAUUAUUCGAGAAAGCGACAGAGGUUUUUGGUUAAUCAAGGGUACAGCUAUAAAGUUAUUACUAAAUUAGCUGGGAUGGAGGAUGAACCAGAUAUCAUGUAUAAAACUCGCGAAGAACAAGGACAACUUUUACAACAAGUUUUGGCUGCCAGUGACAUUGACUGUGAAGAUGAAAGAGUGCCUGGUGAAGUAGGACCACGAGGUUCUGCAUCCAGGAAAACUGGGCACAUGAGUUCGAUGUCUGGUGCAGACGAAGCAAUUUACUACGAAAAGCGAGGCGCGAAUACUAACAAACAUCCCUUGUUUAAAAAAUUCCGAUACACAUAAUUUAUUUGCGGAUCAAUUGGAUUCAUCAUACGCCAUCAUCGAACUCCAGGGUGAUUUGAAAUCAAGCGGAGAUGAAUCCUAUGAAUCUCAGUACGUUGGCGAUCUGCACUUUACAAAAACCGGAACGCCGUUGUUGAUUAUCGGUCAUCAUUUGUUGCUUGGCAAGGAAAUGCCGCUGGAUCAUCCUUUGGCUUUACUUAAAAGGGAAAAAUCCGACGAUGAUACUGAGUUUGUUGUACAAACUAUAGUUACAAAAAAGAUUAUAUUCAAACAUCGGCCGAAGCCUAUUGUCGGAAUGUAAGUUCAUCUCUUAAAAAAGAAUUCACAAUUCAAACAUGUUAGAAAUAUUGGUCUUUUUACACACAGAAUAAAACAUAACUUGUUACAGAAAA